AUGGGCCGCACUCCCGACGCCACUGGCUUAACACCUGGCUAUGGCACAAUCGGCUUGCGACGAAGCAGUGCUCAGGCCUCUGGUCCUGUCGAGUACAACGGCGUCCGGGGCCCGGAAAACUCCACCUUCGAGUGCAACGUCAUUCAACACCGCGGUUAUAUCGAGGUCACCGCUCCUGGCACCUACAGCGUUAUUCCCGAAACUCCUGACGAUGUCAUUCUCAUUUGGGUCGGUAACAAUGCUCGAACUGGCCAGUUUUCUGCUAGCAACAGCAACAAAUCUGGCCGCUGUUGCAGCACGCCGAGCCCUUACAGCUUCACCGUAGAGCCAUUUGAUGGGCUGUUCGAGUACAUCCCUUACCGAAUCUUCUACGCCAACGCGGCUGGCCCUGGUGGUUUUGGAGUGAGGGUGGCGGGCCCCGGGGGCAUCAUUGACCCGUUCGUCGUUGCGAACUGCACUGGAGAGGGCAACCCUGCUCCUAGUUCGUCUGCAUGGCAGUUUGAAGACUACGCUUCGAAUUAA